UUUGAACAAUGACUAUCAAUCUUUAUAUAGAAAAUCUCCUUUGAUGACACAUUUUGGCGUAAAGUCAUCCCACUUGGAAUCUACAGAAAAAAAUUGCAACAUUUUUGACAUGGGCAACUAGAUGGAAGGAUGCUGGAAUUGGAGGUUCCAUUGGAGAAGGCCACUCCGAGCAUGGGAAGAGGACAGUACGCAACAACUAAUAGAAGCUAUAAAUCACAGACACCCGAUACAAGAUGCUAAGGACACUUGGAGCUGGAGCCUAGAUGUGAAAGGAAAAUAUACUACAAGGUCAGCAUACGAGCAACUUGCAAAGAAAGAAGAAACUAGACUGUUGGAGUACAGAAAGCUGUGGAGGGUAAAGGUUCCAUCAAAAGUAAGCGCUUUCUCAUGGCAAUUGCUUCUCAAUAGAAUUCCUACAAAAGUUAACUUAGCAAUGCAUGGGAUCUUGGAUGGUAAUCAAAGUAUCAACUGCUAUUGGUGUGAAUCAUCUCUGAAACAUAGCGAUCACCUCUUUGAGUCUUGCAAAAUCGCCACCAACUUAUGGAGAAAAUGUUUCAACUGGUGGGGGUUACAAUAUGCUCUUGGGAACAAUUGUUUGGACGUCUUCCAGCAACACAGAUGGCAUAAAGGCUCAAAAACUCUUAGAAAGGGAUGGGAAAUGAUAUGGUUCACCAUUGUAUGGUCUCUAUGGUUGAGCAGAAACGAAGCUUCUUUUCAGAAAAAGAAACCUAAAGAGGACAAGUUAUUUGAAAUAGUACAAAUCCGAGCUUUUCACUUGGUAAGAAAUCUGUUAAAUCUUGAAUUUUCUUUCAUGGAAUGGAUUUCUAACCCAUUGAGUUGCCUAACUAACAUGAAAUAGAGUUUUGAGGGAGAGUGGGGUUCUAGACAUUAGGCUUGGGUUACUUUUGAUUAUGUAUUUGGAGCCCAAUAGUGAUGAUUGAUAUACUUUUUGUUUGUCUUAUGGGUUUGAGUACCCUUGUACUCAUAUAAUAUAUCUCCUUUGCUUUU